AUGCUGCGCUUCCUGGUGCCCCGGCUGCUUUGCCUCCGCGGCACAGCCUCCCCACACUCCUCUGCAACAGCCCUCCCAAGCCCCAGCCUGAGCCCAGACAUCUGCUACAGCCAGCUGUUCAUCAACAAUGAGUGGCUAGAUGCAGUCAGCAAGAAGACCUUCCCAACAGUCAACCCCACCACAGGAGAGGUCACUGGCCGUGUAGCUGAGGGGGACCGGGCUGACGUGGAUCGGGGCUCUCACAGAGAGGCCUUCUGCCUGGGGUCUUCAUGGCGCCGGAUGGAUGCCUCGGAGCGGGGCUGGCUGCUGAACCGCCUAGCUGACCUAGUGGAGCAGGAUCGUGUCUACUUGGCCUCGCUGGAGACCUUGGACAAUGGAAAGUCUUUCCAAGAAUCUUAUGUCUUGGACCUGGAUGAGGUCAUCAAGGUGUACCGGUACUUUGCUGGCUGGGCUGACAAGUGGCACGGCAAGACCAUCUCCAUGGAUGGUGAGCACUUCUGCUUCACCCGGCACGAGCCUGUUGCCGUCUGUGGCCAGAUAAUCCCAUGGAACUUCCCCUUGGUCAUGCAGAGCUGGAAGCUGGCCCCAGCACUUGCCACAGGCAACGCUGUGGUCAUGAAGGUUGCGGAGCAGACACCCCUUUCUGCCCUGUAUUUGGCCUCUCUCAUCAAAGACGCGGGCUUUUCCCCUGGGGUGGUGAACAUCAUCACUGGCUAUGGCCCAACAGCAGGAGCGGCCAUUGCCCAGCACACGGAUAUCGACAAAGUUGCCUUCACCGACUCCACCAAGGUGGGCCACCUGAUCCAGAAGGCGGCCAGCGAUUCCAACCUCAAAAGAGUCACCCUGGAGCUGGGUGGGAAGAGCCCCAGCAUCGUGUUGGCCGAUGCCAAUGUGGACCACGCUAUGGAACAAUGCCAUGGAGCCCUCUUCUUCAACAUGGGCCAGUGCUGCUGUGCAGGUUCCCAGACCUUCGUUGAAGAAUCCGUCUAUGAUGAGUUUGUUGAGAGAACCGUGGAGAAAGCUAAGCAGAGGAGAGUUGGGAACCCCUUUGAACUGGACACCGAGCAGGAGCCCCAGGUGGACAAGGAGCAGUUUGAACGAAUCCUGGGGUACAUCCAGAUUGGCCAGAAGGAGGGGGCAAAACUUCUCUGUGGUGGGGAGCGUUUCGCGGAGCGUGGUUUCUCCAUCAAGCCCACAGUCUUUGGUGGUGUGCAGGAGGACAUGAGGAUCGCCAAGGAGGAGAUCUUCGGGCCUGUGCAGCUGUUCAAGUUCAAGAAGAUUGAGGAGGUGAUUGAGAGAGCCAACAACACCAGGUAUGGCUUGGCUGCCGCUGUGUUCACCCAGGACCUGGACAAGGCCACGUACUUCACACAGGCACUCCAAGCUGGGACGGUGUGGGUAAACACCUACAAUGUGGUCACCUGCCACACGCCGUUCAGAGGGUUUAAGGAAUCUGGCAAUGGGAGGGAGCUGGGGGAGGAUGGGCUUAAGGCCUACACGGAGGUGAAGACAGUCACCCUCAAGGUCCCUCAGAAGAACUCAUAAGAACAGCCACCAUGGA